UUAGGUCCUGUGAGUCCAGUGACCGGAAGUAGCUGUUGGGAGCUUUCAGACGCUUUAAAUUCCUGCGGGGUGGAGGGCUUCGCGUAGUUGCUGGAGUCUGGCUUCUUAUUCGAAUGGCUGUGGACGUGAAGUCUCGAGCGAAACGCUAUGAGAAACUGGACUUCCUCGGAGAGGGACAGUUUGCUACGGUCUAUAAGGCCAGGGAUAAGAACACCAACCAGAUCGUCGCCAUUAAGAAAAUCAAACUUGGACACAGGUCAGAAGCUAAAGAUGGUAUAAAUAGAACAGCCUUAAGGGAGAUAAAGCUCUUACAGGAACUGAGUCAUCCAAAUAUAAUUGGUCUCCUUGAUGCAUUUGGACAUAAAUCUAACAUUAGCCUUGUCUUUGAUUUUAUGGAAACUGACUUAGAGGUUAUAAUAAAGGAUAACAGUCUUGUGUUGACACCAUCCCACAUUAAAGCCUACAUGUUGAUGACUCUUCAGGGCUUAGAAUAUUUACAUCAGCACUGGAUUCUACACAGGGAUCUGAAACCAAACAAUCUGUUGUUAGAUGAGAAUGGAGUUCUGAAACUGGCAGAUUUUGGCCUGGCCAAAUCAUUUGGGAGCCCCAAUAGGGCUUACACACAUCAAGUUGUGACCAGAUGGUACCGGGCCCCUGAGCUACUGUUCGGAGCUAGGAUGUAUGGUGUGGGAGUGGACAUGUGGGCUGUUGGCUGUAUAUUAGCAGAAUUGCUUCUACGGGUUCCUUUUUUACCUGGAGAUUCAGACCUUGAUCAGCUAACAAGAAUAUUUGAAACUUUGGGUACACCAACUGAAGAGCAGUGGCCUGACAUGUGUAGUCUUCCGGAUUAUGUGACGUUUAAGAGUUUCCCUGGGAUCCCACUGCAGCACAUCUUCAUUGCAGCUGGAGACGACUUGCUGGACCUCAUCCAAGGCUUGUUCUUGUUUAACCCGUGUACCAGGACCACAGCCUCACAGGCAUUGAAGACCAAGUACUUCAGUAACCGUCCAGGGCCAACACCUGGAUGCCAGCUUCCAAGACCAAACUGUCCAGCGGAAGCAUUAAAGGAGCAGUCGAAUCCAAGCAUGGCAGCAAAACGGAAGCGAACAGAAGCCUUAGAACAAGGAAUAUUGCCCAAGAAGCUAAUAUUUUAGUUGCAGCGAACAGUGGACAGUUUCACUGCUGAAAGAAAUGAUCCAAAGGCAAAUAAUGGAAAAAAUAGGGAAUAUUGAAUGCCAUGGAAGAGGACUUGUAAAUAUUCUACAGAUAUAAAAUAUGGGUUUUUUAUUAAAUGGGUUAUUUAUUAAAUGGUUUAUAUAACUAUGGGUUAUUUUUAUUAAAUGUAUUUUAAAAUAAAAUAUUUGUGAUUUAUGAUUAGGGUACAAGAAUAACUUCAGUCCUCUAAAAUGUAAUUCACAGUGCAUUAGGAGAGGCUUUACUGCAAUCACUGGUUAUUCUGCAUCUCUGGGUGAUAUACCACUUUAAGAUCAUUAGGAAUAGUGUUGAAAACAGGAAAAAAUACUGUUUUGCAAGUAUUAACCCCACUUAGUACCCAGAGUAAAUAGCCUUGGAAAGGCCAUACUGACACCUCCUCUUGAUGUCCUCCCACCCAGGCCUCACUGUGCUCUUCCUGCACGCACCGCCAGGACCUCGACACUGCUCAUUCCGUCCCUUCCUACCCUCCCUCCCCAAGGAGCAGGCCUCGGGGAGACUUGUGUUUGUCUUCCAUGGUUCUGUGCUGUUAUCUCCAAAGAUUCACAUCUCACCCAUGGUAGCCUGUACCUUUGAUCCUAGCAUGUAUGGGCAGGUGGAUCUCUUAAGAGUUUGAGGACAGCCUGGUCUACAUACUGAGCUCCAGGCCAGCCAGAGCUACAUAGUAAGAAAACAUAAAUAAACACAAGCCCUACUCUAGCUCAUACUAUUGUUUUCUGUUUUUUACUUAGAAACUUUCUUUCCAUAUUCAUAGAUAUGAAUCUAGUUGAUUUAAUUACCAUAUGAUAAUAUAUUCCUUAAAUGUUAUUUACCUGUGCUUUGUUUAUGGACUAUUAUUUUUCUAUUGCUGUAUAAGUUUUUAUCAUGAAAAUAGCAUGAAUCGCCAGGCAUAGUGGUGGCUUGUCCCUGUCUAAAUUUGUGGGGGUAGAGGCAGGUGGAUCUCUGAGUUCAAAACCAGCAUAGACUUCAGAGAGAGCUCCGGGCUGCACAGUAAGAAUCCCCAGAAAAGGAGAACAGCUUGGAUGUCGCUUGGUGGUAGAGCAUGUCCUACCUAUAUGAGCACGUGGCGCUGUAAAUAGCACAGUAAAGGAGAGACAACUAGCAUGAGCAAGCCGCAAACAUACUCAUAUGAGCAUCCCUGGAGCCCACGGAGGCCAGGAAAUAGCAUCGGAUCCCCUGAAACUGGAAUUAUGGAUGACUAAUCCACCAUGAGGGUGCUGGAAAUUGAACCCAGGUCCUCUGAAAGAGGAGCUAGUGCCUAAUUACUGAGUCAUCUCUCCUGCCCCACAUGAACUUUCUGAAUGGAACCUUUGGGAGAGCAAAAUCUCACAUCUAUUCUGCAUUCUCCUUGAUUCUUACGGGGAUUCAAAAAUUAUGAUUGAUAUAAAAUUCAUAGAAGAAAAACUUUACAAAUUUAUGUAAAUAAAUUACAUGGGGGUCUGACUGCUCAUGCCUGUAAUCCCACACCUGUCAAACUGAGUGAUGACUGCUUCAGAUGGAAGGCCCCGUUCUGUGCCAGUCUGCCCGCAGAGCGCACCCCGCCCAUCUCAAAAAGCAGAACAAAAGUCAGGUUUUUGGCGUGGGAGCAUCACAAGGACAGAGAACCUGUUAAGAGUCAGCUGCUUAGCUGGAUGUGCUAGGCAGUGAGGAUAUCCUGGUCCAAAAAGCAAAUUCUGAGGCAGCCAGGGAUAUAUCAUGAGACCCGGUCUCAUGAAUAAAGCAAGCUGUAUGAAUAAAUACAGCUAUUUGCUGUAUUAGGAAAGAAUAGUAAGUAAAGAAGUGCUAAGGCAGAAUGGCUUGUCCAGAGUUAGCUCGAAAAGGAAAUGCUGGGAAAUAAGGAUUACCAGGGCUGGUCAUGCACAUUUCAGCAGCAUGCUUGGCCUUGGUGUGAAGGUGAAUCUUUUCCCCACAGGAAAAUUUUAAUCUUUUUUGUUUAAUUGUUAUGUGGAUGAGUGCUUUGCCUGCUUGUAUAUUUGUCACUUUUAUGCUGGUACUUUGAGGCCAGAAGGCAGCAGUCUCCUAAAACUGCAGUUACGUGAUUGUGUUUCUGCUGUGUAGGUUCUAGGUAAACCUGGGUCACCUGGGAGAGGCACACGAGUCAUCUCUCCACCCACCCAAUACCUCGUGCUGCACAAUGAGUGUUUUUUGAUCUUUUGUGUGUUUGGUAGCAUGCACAUGUGCACUCAGGUCACUGCACAUGUAUGUCAUUUCUUUCUGCACCACCAUUUUUGGGGGCAUAUGUCAAGCCACUCUUUGUGCCCAGGCUUGAUGGCCCAUGAUCUUCCAGAGACCCUUUGACCUUACUGUAGAGACUCACACGAGACUGCAGACAUGAGCUAUUUAUACUCACUGGUUUUUGGUUGUCUUUGGCAGAGUAGUGUAUUUUUAACUUCUUCAGAGCUGUCUCAGUUGUUCUGUUGCUAUGAUACAGCUCCCUGACAAAAGCACCUUAAAAGAGAAAGGCCUCAUUUUUGCCUUAGGAUUCCAUAGAAAUUCAGUCCCUCAUGGUGGAGGAGACUGCAGUAGGCAGGGAAGGCAUGGUUGCAGGAGCGUGUGCAGGCUGGCUGGCUGCACUGUGUAUGCACUCAGAUGCAGAGUGUGAACAGGAGUCGGGUGCAGCUGGAUGGCCUCACAGCCAGCCUACCCAGGGACCCAGACACAGGCAGGCGCUCGAGCCAGUGGGGAACAUUUCACAUUCAAACAACAAUGGUUGUAGCAAGAAUCUUCUACCAAGCUCACACAAUGUUUGUAGUUUGGGACAUGGCUGUCCUGGAACUCAUUAUGUAAACCAUGGCUACUUAGGCAUCUGAGUGCUGGGAUUAAAGGCGUGUGCCACCACUGCCUGGCUUAACUCUUGGUUUUUUAACAUAGCUCACACUUCUUUUCCACACUGAGGCCCACUUUCCACAAAUUAGCAAUAAGCAUGAUUUUCAAGUCUGACUUUCUCAUGGGCCACUGUUUUAAAAUGCCUUCUGUUAGGGAGAUAAAAACAGUGUCUACCUUCCUACAGUUAGAAGGACAAACCAGAGUGAGAUUCCAGAGUUCACACUGGGAAACCCAGUGAGCGUAUUAAUAAGGCUUUUUUACAAAGCAGUGGUGAGAGUUUAUAAGCAGGAGCAUGGGCAACUUUACAGUAGCCACAGCAGAAAGUCUGCACCUGAGGUGGGUGUGACUCCCCUGAAGCUGUGCAGAUGGAGUCCCCUCUUCUUGUCCCCUACCUAAAAAUAAUCCGCCCCUCCCACAGACCCUAAGGCCACAAGCAAUUAGGGUUAAAAUUGGGUCCAUCAACACAGCUACAGAGAUCACAACCAUGUUGGAUUCCUAUGGUUAAAUUUCACAUUUGACUUUCUUGAAUAUUGAUUGCAUAUAGACAUUUAGACACCAAGUUGCCCAACUCAUGAUGUAUAUUUUAUCAAAGACUGAAAAUAGCAGAAACUAGAGUUGGUCUAGGCUGGCUGUAAACCAGCUGAGCUGGUUGAGACCUGCAACAAGGAUGUAACUAUCCCCUUGGUGGAGAGCGAGCGGUUGACAGGUUCCGCACUGCUGCAAGCCGACAUGCCGGUGCCAAAAGAACCCGUGACACUUAAAUGUGGCUAACGGGUUUCCUGUUGUUGGUGUAUUUUCAGGCAUGGUUGCCCUAUGUUGCCUAGGCUGCCCUAGAACUCACAAUCCUGCCUCCUGUUUCCUAUGAGCUAGGAUUACAGGUGCACGCCACCAUACCCAGCUUCUUCCUUGCUGUUUUCGAGAUUAUGAUAUACAGUACAGAGCCUGUUGUACAGUUCUAUUAAACUAUUUUUAUUUUUUAUUUGUUCAUAUGUACACAAAUGUAUGCAUACAUGUGCACAAAUACUAUAGGAUGUGAGGGUUAAAGAACAUCUUGUAGACAUUGGUUCCCUUUCAUUAUGUGGAGUAGAAGGACCAAACUCAGGUAGUCACACUUGACAGCAAGCUCCUUCAUCAGCCGAGCCUUCUCACUGAACACUUAGUUUUUAAAACAUUCUUGUUUUGAAACAGGGUCUCUACAAUAUACAGCCCACGGUGGCCUCAAACUCUGCCUCCCAAGUGGGAUUACAGGCAUGCGCUACCACGCCAGGCUACUAACGGGGUUUUAUAUUGCUGAGAGCCUUGAGAACACUUAAGAUACCUGUACUAGCCUUAACUCACCUGUAUGCAGUUCUGCCUGUGUGCAGGUAAGAUCCUAGCUGGAUCAGAUUUGAGCUUUGCAGAUUUUUUUUAACAUUUUUUUAAGGAAAAAAAAAACAAAAAGCAAAAAACUAACUAAACUAUAAAACAUAUGCCUUUUGUGUUCAUAAUUGCUUUUCUUUCAUCUGUAGUGUUUUUCAAUAGAGAAAUGUUGAUGUUUGACAGUGACCCUCUGUUUCUUUCAUGCCCUACCUGUGUUACAUUCUCUACCCCAGAACGUGGGUGGGUAGUCUUAAUGACUUUCCUGUUGUACACAUGUGUGCUUGAUAUGUUAAUAUGUUAAUGUCUUCCCUGAAUAAAAUGACAUUUCUCAUGCGUGUAGCUUAUCCUU